AUGUCUGAUGGUACAUUUAGUUACGAACAUCCUUUCAUUAAUUAUGGUCACACAAACGGUGCCAUCCUUAUGAAACCAAAUACUCCUAAAAUCUCCAAACUCUCUUUACAUCUUGUGAAAAUUGAUGAAGAACCAAGUGGAAAAUGUAAGAUACUUUGGACUAAAGAUUGGACCCUAACGAAAGGCUAUAGUGACAUUUUGUCUGCUGGAUUUAACGAUGGCAAUAAAUUGCUAACAGUGACACCCUCCGAUUCUGAAAAACGAACAUCUCAAAUUAUCAGUGUGAUAAAUAGGGACAUUUAUUCCUUAACACCGGACUUUUUAUUCGUAGUGGAACUUUUACGAUGGGAUAAAGCUAACGAGAUUGUUUACUACAUUGCAACGAAAAUUUCCAAUCCUGAGGAAAGACAUCUUUAUAAAUCCUCUAUUGCAAAUUGGACAACGUCUCAAGUUUAUUGCUUGACUUGUGAUGACGAAAAUUCAUCCAAAAGUGAAUUGGUUCAAUGGCCAACUUGUCAUUAUUCUUCGGUGACAUUUUCACCUGAAGGAAGCUACUAUUUGCUGGAUUGUCUUGAUGAUAAGGGAGAUCUGGAGAAUUUUCCCGAAACAUUUAUAGUACCAACUAAAAGCAAUGGGAUUGUGGUAUCCUUAGAUAAUCGUCAAUUUGAAAAGGAGACAUACAAAGAACUGUUUCAUCAUCAGCCAAAGGUUCAAUUUUUCCAAUGUCCUAUCGCUGAUGGAAAAUAUAAAGCAAGAAUUAAACUUCAACUUCCGCCGGAAUUUACUCCUAAUAAAAAAUAUUCUCUCAUUAUGGGAGUUGAUUCAAGAAUAGGAUCACAGCAGGUUAACCGAAAAUGGAAGAUUGACGUUGGAACUUAUGCUUCCAUUGAAAAAGAGUACAUUUACGCUGUGGCUGAUGUCAGAGGUUCCGGAUAUCAAGGAUACGAAUUCGAAUCAGAACUUUACAGAAACAUUGGUAGCCCAGAAGUUAAAGACCUUCUAGAAGUCCUCCACUGGAUGUUAAAUAAUCUUUCGUACAUCGAUGGCGAUAAUAUCUUCCUCCAAGGUGAACAAUAUGGUGGAAUGGUUGCAAUUCUAAUUGCCCUAAAGGAACCAACUUUGAUUAAGGCAGUGUCUGUAUAUCAUCCUCCGCUAUUCUGGACUGGGACCACUGCCUUUUUUGCCGAAAGACUUCUCGGACUACCAACAAUAGAAGAUAAUUAUUACGGGUAA